CAGUAUUAUUUUCUCAAGUGAUGAAAAAAUCAUAAUGUAUUGCGAAUUUUUUCGAAUGAAGGAGCAAUCAAGUUGUGUCUAUAUUUUACUUGCGCUACAAAGCGUACAUCUUGAGUAUUGACAAAUUUUUUCAAUUUAUUGUGUUUAAAAAUGGCAAACGUGUUAAUGGCAAAAUCUAUCAGCGAAAAAACAUAUGUUUCAAAAGUUGCAGCAGCAAAAAUCAAAGAAAAAGUGGAACAAAUAGUAAAUUCAAGUGAAAACAACUUAUUCAAAAUUGAUCGUCUAAAACAGAUAGAGAAAGAACAAUAUAAGAACUUAAUUCACGAACUUGCUUAUAAGAAAUCUGCAGAAGAAUUAAAGGACUUAGCAAUAAUUAUGAAUGAUAUGGGGCAUUUAACUUCUUUUUUAGGAGAUUUUAGCAGCGAGCUAAAAUAUUACACCGAGGCUGCAGUAUUUCACCAAUAUGUCAUUACAAUACUAGAUGAGAAACUUAAUGAGAAAGUAAUAAGUAUUGAAGAUAAAAACAAAUUUAUAAAACAACAUCAUAUAAAUCCAUAUCAUCAGUUAGCCCAUAUACAAAAGCUGUUAUUUUUAGCGAUUGGUGGCGACCAACAAAAAAUGCAAAAUAUACAAGUGGAAGCAGAGAAUAAUAAAAAUCUAUUAUCGAUAUUUAGAGGCAAAACUACACAAGUAAUAAAAGAGUUAGAGUCUAAACGUGAACAGAUUAAUAUGAAUAAUGAAGAAGAAAAACUAAAAUAUCAAAAGCUCUAUGUAGAUGUUGUUAGAGCAUGUUAUGAAAACAUAGCUGAGGCAAUGAAAAGGUUUUUAAAAAAAUUAUUUUACGAUAGUGAACAACAAAUGGCAGUAACAAGGCCGUGUGAAUAUGCAGUAAUAGGACUUGGUUCAAUGGCACUUAAGCAAAUGACACCAUAUUCAGAUUUUGAAUUCGCUAUUUUGACAGAGAAUGAUGACUAUAAACAAAGUGACGAUCUCAAAAAAAAAGAGUAUUUUAAGAACUUAAGCCACUUAGUAAACUUCAAGAUUAUCAAUUUAGGAGAAAGCAUUAUUCCUACAAGUAAAUAUGGUUUAGAUCUUAGUCAUCUUGUAAAUGUAGCAGUUAAUUUAGAUUUAGGAGGGAAAACACCACUCGGAAGAAUAGAGGGCGAUAAAAUUUAUCAUUUAAUACAACCAAUUGAUAUGAUGCUGAGUUAUGUAUAUGAUAUAAAAAAUUGGGCAAGUCAUAUUGAUAAAAACUUGCCAUACAUAUUGCAAAAUGUAUGUUAUGUUUAUGGAGAUAAUAAACUUGUAGAAACUUAUAAAAAUAAAGUUACAGAGUUUUUGCAUAGCCGUGAAAACGAAAAAAAUAGUUUAAACUGUGAGUUAAGAGCCAUUAAAAUACUCAAUGAAGGUAUGUUAGAGAUAGAUUAUCUUCAUAAAACUCAAUAUCUAAAACCAAAAGAAACUAACUUUGAAGGUGAUAUACAUAAGUUUCAACCUAACUUUUUUGAUACAGAAGGUCAAUUAUUUGACGUAAAACAAGAAGUCUAUCGGUUACCUGAUCGCAUGAUAUAUAAUCUUGGUUUGUAUUAUGGUAUUGAAGGAGAUAGUGCAUGGGAAAUUUUAGAUAAAUUAGGUGCUAAAAAAGUUAUUAAUUCACAGGCAACACUUAAUCUAAAAUAUACUAUAUCUUUUGCUACUUCCAUCAGAUUAAAAACUUAUUCUCAUCACAAAGCACAGAAAGACGAUAUGUCAAUAUUUGUCAGACCAGCUAAAACUGAAUCUGAACUUAAAGAGAGAUCUAAACAGAUAUUUUGUUUAGCUAAAGCAGAUUUAGAAGAACACGGCGAGUUGUUUCAAUAUUUUUAUACAGCGUUGCCCUUUCAUGAAAUGAUAAAAGAUUUUUGCAACAAAUAUCAAACAUUAGACGAAACAUGCAAACAAUCUUUUUUUAAGAACAACAAUUUUUACAAAGAUGAUUGUACUACAAAAGGUUUUAUUUACUUUAGAUUAGCGCAAUAUAAGAAUGCCGAGAGCAAUUUAAAGAAAGCGUUAGAUGAUCCAUAUAGUCAAAAUAAAUGGGAAAUAUGGGAAAUCUUAGGACGUUUAUAUCUAAGUAUUGGUAAUUACGAUCAGGCUAUUAAGCAUUUUGAGAAUUGUUCUAAAAGCGUAAAAUUGGUAUACCAAGAUGAACCUCAUAUUUCUUUAUUUAGCGGAGAGUCUAUAAAUAAUUUAGGGGUGGCAUAUUAUUUUAAAAACCUUUAUAAUGAGGCAAUUGAAUGUUACAGCAAGAGUCUGAAAAUUUACAAAUUCAUAUACAAAAAUGAACCUCACCAAAGUGUUGGCUUUUGUUUAAAUAACUUAGGAGAAGCGUAUAGAAAAAAAGGUCAAUACGAUCAGGCAUUAGAAAAAUUUAAAGAAAGUUUGAAGAUUAUGAAGUUAGUUUAUCAAAAUAAACCUCACCAAGGUAUUGCUGUUUCUUUAAAUAAUGUAGGAUUAGUAUGUAAACAAAAACAAAAUUUUGAUAAAGCAAUUAAAUAUUUUGAGAAAAGUGUAAAGAUUUACAAGCUUAUUUACAAAGAUGAACCACACCCUCGUGUUGCUGAUUGUUUAAACAAUUUAGGAAUAACUUAUCGUGCCAAAGGACAAUAUGAUCAGACCAUCAAGUGUUAUGAAAAAAGUCUUAAAAUUUAUAAAUAUGUUUAUCAAAACGAAUUUCACCCAAUUGUUGCUGAUACACUAAAUAACUUAGGAGUAGUUUGUGCGGCAAAGUUGCAAUAUGAUCAGGCAGUUAAGUAUUAUGAUGAAAGCAUACAAAUUUACAAACACUUUUACCAAGAUGAACCCCGCCAAGAUGUUGCUUUAACUUUCAAAAAUAAAGCCUUAGCUUUUAGUGCUAUGGGACAAUAUGACAAGGCAAUUGAGUGUUAUCAGGAGAGUCUUAAAGUUUACAAAUUAUUUUUUCAAGAUAAACCUCACCCUAUUGUUGCUACUAUUUUAACGUCUUUAGGAAAUAUAUAUCAAAAUGAAACCAAAUAUGAGCAAGCUAUUAAGUACAACGAGGAAAGUUUAAUGAUGGAAAAAUUGAUACUUCAAGAUAAACCUGAUUUUUGUGUUGCUAAUAAAUUGCAAACUCUAGGGGUAUUGUAUAAACUUGUUGGAAAAUAUGAUUUGUCAAUUAAGUAUGGCGAGGAAAGUCUAAAAAUGAAAAAAAUUAUUUAUCAGGAUGAAAAUCAUCCUAGUUAUGCAGAUUCUUUAUCUUUACUUGGGUUAGCUUACGCUGACACAAAAGAUUUUGAUCAAGCGAUAAACUGCUUUAUGAAGAAUCUAAAUAUAAGCAAACUAAUUUACCAAAGCGAGUCUCAUCCUAAUAUUGCUGAUUCUUUAAACAAUCUUGCAUUAAUAUUUACUAAUAAAGGGGAAUAUGAUCAAGCAAUUAACUACUAUGAGCAGAAUCUAACAAUGAAUAAACUUAUCUAUCAUAGUCAACCUCACCCUAGUGUUGCAUAUGUUUAUAAAAGCCUUGGCUUACUUUAUGCUGCAACAGCACAAUAUGAUCAGGGCAUUAAAUUCUGUGAGGAGAGUCUCAAGAUUUAUAAACUAUACUAUCAAAAUGAACCUCAUUUAGAUGUUGCUUAUUCUUUGUACAACCUAGGAAUAGCUUAUUCUACUAAAGAAAAAUUUGAUCAGGCCAUUAACUGCUAUGAGCAAAGUCUACAAAUGCAAAAAAUCAUCUAUCAAAAUCAACCUGAUCCUGGUGUUGCUGAUAUUUUAGACAACCUUGGUUUAGUCUAUGCUAAUAAAAAGCAAUAUGAUAAAGCAAUUAAUUACUAUGAGCAAAGUAUAGAAAUGAAAAAACAUAUCUACAAUGAUCAACCUCAUGCAAGUGUUGCUUUAUCUUUAAACAGUCUUGGGUUGGUUUAUGAUAAUAUAGAGCAGUAUGAACAAGCAAUUAAAUAUCAUCAUCAAGCUUGGCAAAUUAUUCAAGUUUUUAAAGAUCAUCCCUAUACAGCUGAAAUAAAAAGUAGUUUUGAAAAAACAACAACGUCAUUAGCUGAAAAAUGUUCUUCAAAUCCGAAUGAGAUUAUCUUAUCACUUCUGCAUCAACAAUAAUUGAGCUAUUAUGUUACAUUUUUAACUAUGGUAUUCAAAUAAUAGUGUUAAGAGCACCACAAAAUUUA